CACCUCAGUGUGCUGGUGACUCCCGGUGAAAGCAGACGUGUGCUCCCGCCUCUCUCGCAUUCCCUCACAUCUAUACACUGUUCAUCCUAUUACCUCCCCUUUUUUUUAAUAUUAUUUUUUUUUUUACUUUUUUUUCUCUCUUUACUUCGUGGCUCAAAAUAUUUCUUCUCUCUGUUUGCUGUUCCUGUCCUUUACCGCCUGUUCUUUUCUUCUUCGUCCUCGUCCUUUCUCUUGUUGUAAAAAUAUGUAUUAGAGGGUGUUUUCUCUCUUCCAAAGGCGCUCUCUCUCUCUCUCUCUCUCUCUCUGCCAGUCUCGGGGGUCAGUGAGGGGCCGCAGAGAUAGAGAGAAACAAAGGAAGAGAAAACGAAAGAGAGAGAAAUAGAAAGAAAGAGAGAGAGACAGACUGAAAGAGGUUUAAAUAGGUAAUAUAAAUAGAUAAGUGUUCUGUCAUAUAAACUAACUUAACCUAACUUAACCUAAUCUAAUCGAAUCUAACCUAAGCUAACCUGACUCAACCUAACCUAACCUAGCCAAACCUAAUUAAGCUCACCUAUUCUCUGAACAUAACUCAACCUCACUUAACUUAAACUAACCUAUCCUAACUUAACCUCACCUAACCUAACUUAACCUAACCUAACUUAAUCUAACCUAACUUAACCUAACCUAACCUAACUUAACCUCUGUAUUCUGUGUUCCUUCAUCUCUCCUCCUCUUCCACCACCUCCUGCUCUUCCACCACCUCCUCCACCUCCUCCUCCUCCUCCUCCUCCUCCUCGUUGUCAGAUCAGCACUUUUUCUUAUCUCUCUCUUUCUCUCUUUCUCUCCUUCUCUUUUAUCUAAAUUUUCUCUGGUUAUAAUACCUACCGCAAGUCCUCCUCCUUCUCCUCCUCCUCCUCCUCCUCCUUCACUCCUCCUCCUCUCCUCCUCCUCCUCCUCCUCCUCCUCCUCCUCCUCCUCCUCCUCCUCCAAGACAAAGAAGAAGAGAGAGAGAAGAGAGAGAAUAAAGGAGAGAAGAAGCGACAGGGGAAGAAAGACAGUGACGGAUAAGGAGAGCGAAAGGAAAGAGGAAGAGAGAGAAAAAGAAGAAGAGGGGAGAAGAAGAUGAUGGACGUGUAGAGGGUAAAAGAAGUUGAAGAAUGAAGAAAUAAAGAAAUAGAAGAAGAAAAAGAAGAAGGGACACACAAAGAGAGAGAGAGAGAGAGAGAGAGAGAGAGAGGGAGAGAGAACAAGAGACACUAGAGAAAAAAAAAGACAGAGAAACAAAACAAAACAAAAAUUUGAAAUGAAAGAAAAAACAUCAAAAUUUUUUCUUCUUCUCCCUCCUCCACCACCACCACCACUACCACCACCACUGCUACCACCACCACAUCCACCACCAUCGCAACCACCACCACCACCACCACCAGGAGAAGAGAGAGGGAAAGAGAGGAGAGGAAAAAUGCACCACUUAAAACAUAACAGGAGAGGAAAGGAAGAGGAGAAAUACAGAAUAAAAAGAGAAAUGGGAAACGAAGAGAGAGAGGAGAGAAAGCCACUGAGAGAAAACGGAGUAAACAAGACAAGCGAGAGAAAACGGGCGGUGCAGCACAAGAGAAAACGUGACACGGGGACUAAAGAAAACGUGGAGCUUAUCAGAGAAAACGUAGUAAUAGAAAACGAGGAAAGGCGUGACAGAAAACGGGAAGAGGUGACGGAAAGAAAACGAAGAGAAGACAAAUUAACAAAGAAGGGAAUUAAAGAAGCAAGGAACAGAGAAAAUAGAGUAAAAGAGGUGCAGAAACAAGGAGAAGAAGGAAAUAGUAAUAAAAGACAAAAAAGAGACGAAGAAGAAGAAGAAAAAAGAAGAAAUAGGAGCAGAAAGAGGAGAAAACAAACACACGAGAAGAAACAGAGAAAUGAAUGAAAGAGGAACGAAGGGAAGAAGAAGAGAAGGAAGAGGAGGAGAAAGAAAAUCGGGAACCAAAACAAAACAAAAAGAAACUGAAGGAGAAACACAAGAAAAAACGAAAGAGGAACUGGGAGAUAAGACGCUAAUGGAAGAAAAGGAAGGAGAUGGAAGAGAAGAAGAAAUAGAAGAAGAGAAGGAGCAAGAAUUAAAAGGAGAAGAAGAAGUAGAAGAAAAAGAGGAAAAACAGAAAUUAAAAGAAGAAAUAGACGAAGAGGAACAAAAAUUAAAAGCAGAAGAAGAGAAAGAAGAAGAAGAAAAACAAAAACAACAAAAACAAGAAGAAAAACAAGACGAAACAGAAGAAAAACAACAACAACAACAACAACAACAACAACAACAACAACAACAACAACAACAACAAGAACUCAAACGAAGAAACAGAGGUGGCGCUGGUGGUGGUACUGGUAGUGGCGGUGGUGGUGGUGGUGGUGGUGCGAAACUGCUUACAAACUGGCUUCUGGUGGUGGUGGUGGUGGUGGUGGUGGGGGUGCAGGAGGCGUCCCCCCAGCGCUUCCCCAACACAUUUCAAGAGUCCUCCAUUACUUUGGGAAUUAUGUACCCAAAAUCGAUGUUUCGUAAGAGGGAAUAUGAAAAAGCUAUUCAGGACGCGGUGUCUUCUCUGAGCAAGUUGGAUCUUAAGUUCAUGCGGACCAUUGCCCUCGUCAACAGCACUAUUAGCAUGGGAAUCAACCCUUCUCCUACCUCCAUUCUGAACAGUUUGUGUGAAAAGUUUCUACCUGAAAACGUAUCUGCAAUUAUCUUCCUGAGCUGCACUGAGAACUAUGGAAGAGCAACAGCUUCAGCCCAGUACUUCCUGCAGCUGGCUGGAUACCUAGGGAUACCUGUUAUUGCCUGGAACGCCGACAACCCCGGACUGGAACAGGCGGCGCAGACGGGGCUAAGGAUCCAGCUGGCGCCCUCUGUGCAUCACCAGGCGGCGGCAAUGCUUAGUAUACUCAUCAGGUACCAAUGGCAUUCACUGUCUAUCGUCACGUCUCAGAUCGCAGGACAUACGGACUUCGUGCAGGCCGUAAGGGACGAAGUGGCCUACCAUCAGGAACACCACAGAGUCAAGUUCGUCAUCAUAGACACUAUAGUAAUAGAUGAUAUGAGGACGUCUCUCAUAAGGCUGAAGAAUUCUGAAGCUCGUAUCGUUUUGCUCUACUCGACGAAAGAAGAAGCAAUUGGUAUUAUGGACCAUGCAAAGAAGUUGGGCCUAGUGGAUAAGGACUACAUGUGGAUCGUUACGCAGAGUGUUGUGGGAGAUAAAGUCACCAAGGAAUUGCCUGUUGGAAUGCUAGGCGUUCAUUUCGACACUUCAAUGGACAGUUUACUUUCGUCAAUCCCUACUGCAGUUGAGGUGUUCGCUUACGCCAUCGAGGAGUUUGUGAACCAGACGCGGUUUCGGAACGGAGACUUGAACCCGAGACUGUCCUGCAACGAUCACAGAAACUCGAAAUGGAAACUCGGCUCUAAUUUUUACAGACACCUGCGUGAAGUCACCAUCCCUAAGGAACCUACCACUAUAUCCUUUAAUAGUGACGGAACAAGACAAGACGUGGAGCUGAAAAUUGUGAAUCUUAGAGACUCUACACCAAACACCAAGAUAUGGGAGGAGAUUGGCGUGUGGAGAUCGUGGGAAGAAGAAGGACUGUCCGUGAAUGACAUAGUGUGGCCAGGCAACGGACACGUACCACCUCAAGGAGUACCGGAGAAAUUUGAGCUAAAGAUCGUCUUCCUGGAGGAGCCCCCGUAUAUUUCCCUUGCUCCAGCUGACCCCGUGACCCAGCAGUGCGCCUCCAACAGCGGCGUGCCCUGCAAAGUUCCCCCGAGCAGAGAGGAAAUGGAGAGCGAGAACGUCACGGCCACUGCCAAAACUAUGUGCUGCUCAGGAUUCUGCAUUGAUCUUCUUGAAAAAUUUGCUACGGAUCUUGGAUUUACCUAUGAGCUAGUCAGAGUGGAGGACGGAAAGUGGGGGACAGUUGAUAAGGACCACCGCUGGAAUGGGCUGAUUGGAGACCUACUGAGGCGGGACGGGGAGGGUGCGGAGAUGGCUCUGACAAGUCUCAAGAUCAACAAGGAGAGAGAGAGCGUGGUCGACUUCACCGUUCCGUUCCUGGAAUCCGGAAUAGCGAUCGUCGUGGCCAAGAGAACCGGAAUUAUCUCCCCUACUGCAUUCCUAGAGCCCUUCGACACGGCUUCAUGGAUGUUGGUGGCAUUUGUGGCUAUUCAAGUAGCUGCCCUCACUAUCUUUCUCUUCGAGUGGCUAAGCCCAGGAGGGUACAACAUGAGGAUGGCGCCACCGAGAGACCACAAGUUUUCCCUCUUCCGGACGUACUGGUUGGUGUGGGCCGUUCUCUUUCAGGCUGCCGUGCACGUGGACUGUCCAAGGGGAUUCACAGCCAGGUUCAUGGCAAAUAUGUGGGCUAUGUUUGCUGUAGUGUUCCUUGCUAUCUACACUGCCAACCUAGCUGCCUUUAUGAUCACCAGAGAGGAAUUCCACGACUUUUCAGGACUCAACGACACCAGGCUUCAGUACCCGCACACAAUCAGCCCUGCAUACAAGUUCGGUACCGUUGAAGAGACAAACUCAGCGAUGGUACUUCGACGCCACCAACCUCACAUGUACCAUUAUAUGAUGCGUCACGGCUACAACAGGCCGUUUGUGAAGGACGGGGUGCGGUCCAUUAAGGAAAAUGAGCUGGACGCCUUCAUAUAUGACGCCACAGUUCUGGAUUACCUGGUGGGACAAGAUGACGACUGCCAGAUCCUUACAGUGGGGUCUUGGUAUUCAAUGAGUGGGUACGGGUUGGCCUCCCGGGGCUCCAAGUACCUGCCGCUCUUCAAUAACAAGCUGAUGACUUACAAAGAUAACGGUGAAAUCGAACGGCUACAAAGGUUUUGGAUGACAGGAACUUGCAAACCAAUGAAACAGCAGAGGAGAGCUUCGGAACCCCUUGCGAUUGAACAGUUCCUCUCAGCCUACCUGCUCCUGGGUAUAGGGAUGGUGCUAGCUGUGGUGCUGCUUGCAUUGGAACACAUCUACUUCAAAUACGUGAGGAAACAUUUGGCAAAGAAGGACAGUGGAGGCUGCUGUGCCCUCGUCAGUUUGAGCAUGGGUAAAUCGCUCACUUUCCGCGGCGCUGUAUACGAGGCAACAAACAAGUUGAGACGCCACCGUUGCCGUGACCCGCUGUGCGACACUCACAUCUGGAAGGUUAAACACGAACUUGACAUGGCUAGGGUGACCAUUCGGCAUCUGGAAAAGCAGCUGGAGGCGAACGGACAUAAGCCAGCCCAUAAGAAGUGUCUCCAUCAGGCUCAGAGCGGCGUUAGCGCGACGCCCCUCCUUGGCUGCUGCUGGUCCUCCCCCACCGAGGAGUCCACUUGGGUCCGCCCCUCAGCCCUGUCGGUGACGAGCAGCCAACAACACCUGCUGCAGCCGACCCAGGGGCACCAGGCGGCCACCACGGGGGAGGUGGCUGGGGCGCUGCAAACUAGCUUCCGCAGAUCAAACCCCGGAAUGUACAUGGAAACUGUUUUAAGUGAAGACCCAACAGGUAGACUACUGGCGGGGCACACAGACGACCUACCCCCGUCCAGUCAUCCCACGCUACCCACCCAGCAGGCCACGCCCCCCACGUCCUUCCAGCAGGCGGUCUCUACGACACCCAGAAAGAGAAGUUUUCAAUCGAGGCCAACAUCAACUGAAAUAGCAGAGAUAGAGACAGUGCUGUAGAGAGAGAGAGAGAGAGAGAGAGAGAGAGAGAGAGAGAGAGAGAGAGAGAGAGAGAGAGAGAGAGAGAGAGAGAGAGGAAUGAUGUAAGUAUUAAUUGUAUGUACUUGACUUAACGAACGCACACGAUAACAUACACACAUACACACAUACACACAUACAUACCACACAUACAUACACACAUACACACACACAUGUAGACUUUCAUCCGCCUGUGUGUGUGUGUGUGUGUGUGUGUGUGGUGUGUGUGUGUAUGUAUGUAUGUAUGUGUGUAUGUAUGUAAGAAGGAUACCAAUAACUAAUAAAUAUAAAUAAAAGAAAAAUAUAUAUAUAUACAUAGGUCACUAUAUGUAUGUAUGUAUGUAUGUAUGUAUGUAUGUAUAGAAAAUAAUGUGUAAAUAGCCAAGAUUAUUAUUAUUAUUAUAUAUAACGUAGCAUACAUACAGAAAAAAAUAAUAAUAAUUGAUGUUUAUUCUAAUGUUAAUUUAAUUCAAUGUUUUAUAUCAAUGUUAAAUAUUUAAAUCUUAAGGAAAAACAGUGACGUUGUGUUUGCAAAGUCUGUCUGUCUAUCUGUCUGUCUAUCUGUCUGUCCGUCUGUCUGUACAAGGCUCAGGUAUGCGACAGGUAAUGGGAAGUGGGGUUAAUUGAUAAGUCUCCCUAUAAAGUGUAAAAGAAAACGAGGAAAGAAAACGGAGGAAUAAGAAAACACGGAGAGGAGAGAGAGGAAGGAAAAGAUUGAAAAAUGAAGACAAGGAAAUGAAAGAAGAAAGUAGAAGAGAUGACCAGAGGAAAGGAAGAAAAAUAAAGAUGGAAGAAGGAAAGUGAAAAAUGUGAUUGAAAUAUAAACGAGGAAAAGGAAGAAGAGACAAGAAAGAUGAAAAAAAAAGAAAAAGAUAAAAAAUGUGAAUGGGAAAAAAGUGAAGAAGUGGAAGAAAGGAGAAAAAAAUGGAUGAAAAGAGAAAAAAAAUAUGAAAGAAGAUGAUAACGAUAGAUAAAUAAAUUGGAAAGAUAAGAAAAAAAAAAAGAAAAUGUUGAAAAAUAAGAAAAAAAGAAAAUACGGAGAGAGAGAGAGAGAGAGAGAGAGAGAGAGAGAGAGAGAGAGAGAGAGAGAGAGAGAGUAACGAUAAUGGACGAAUAAUUUUUGUAAUAGAUGGUUUUGAAACGUUGCAGUGUUGCCAAAUUGUGACCAGGACAGGCUGGGUUGAUGUGGCACGUUGCAAAUGUCACUCAACAACAUAGUGCUUGAAUAAUUAGGGAAAAAAGGAAAAAAAGGGAAAAUAUUUGAAUCUCUCCUGUUAUCUUUAAACUACUGCUCAUAAUAACGUUAACAAACAAGAUAACAGAGAGAGAGAGAGAGGAGAGAGAGAGAGAGAGAGAGAGAGAAGAGAGAGAGAGGAGAGAGAGAGAGAGAGAGAGAGAGAGAGGAGGAGAGAGAGAGAGAGAGAGAGAGAGAGAGAGAGAGAUUUUGUAAUGAUCUCAUGAGCUUAAAUCCCCCCAAAAAAUUAUUCCGAAAUAUUUUGAAAUUUUGGGUGGAAAAAAUAUUAAUAGUCUUCAGUUUAUUUAUUUAUUUUUUUUUUUAUUGACUUGUUUUAUUGAUUUAUUUUUCCAACGGUUAGUGCGUCAGAGUCUCGGGGAGUGCGAGAACUGGCGAUAUUUUGCGAGAAGCGACGAGUUUUUGUGAGCAAGGACGAGAAGUUGAGAGAUUUUGCGAGAAUUGACGGGAAAACGGCGACAAUUUUAUGAGAAAUGGCGGGAUUUUACGAGAUUCUGCGAGAUUUUGUUGGUGAAAAGAAAACGAGACGAGAAAAUGAUACUUAAUGUGUUUUUGGGGAGAUACGUAAUGAAUUAACCGUAUGUAUGUAUGUAUGUAUGUAUGUAUGUAUGUAUGUAUGUAUGUAUGUAUGUAUGUGUAUGUGUGUGUGUGUGCAGCAAGUAUUCAUAAUGUGAGCCUUUUUGUGUAUCAAUACCACCAUGUAUGUACGUAUGUGUGUGUGUAUGUACGUAUGUAUAGUUUAUCAUGGGGGAUAAAUGCGCUAAUACAUUAUUUGAUAUAUAUAUAGUUUGUCUAUUGCGUCUCAUUUUUGUAUACAUGUGGCUGUGUAUACCUGGCAACACCUGGACUGGUGAAUAUAUGUAUUCAUGUAUGUAUUUAUGUAUGUAUCACGAGUCCAGAUGCUUACAGGUCCUCAACCCUUUGCUAUACUGUAGAAAAAAAAUAUAUAUAUAUACAAAACACACACACACACACACACCUGGGCUGGCAAUAAGGUACAGAAUACAUUUUCCCGUAUAACCAAGUAAACAAUUAUAUGUAAACACUAACAAACACCAAACAAAACAAGAAAAACAAAAAAAAGUAAAAAAAAAGUAAAAAAACAAGGCCUUUGUUUGCGUUGCUGUUGUGAUGGUUGUUGUUCUUGUUGUUCCUGUUGUUGUUGUUGUUGUUGUUGUUGUGAUGGGUGUUGUGUGGAGAGGGUUAUAGGCCAGACAGUAAUAAUUAUAAUGCCAAAUGGAGGUACUGUGUGUAGGGUAGAUUAUACAAAAAUACUGUAGUUAUGUCAAUAUCCUUUAUGUUCACGUAAGUCAAGUGGAGGUAAUUAAGAAACUGCUUAUUCAAACUGCAUUUGUGUACACUGUGAGAAAAACAGGGAAACAGCCAUUUUUUUUUUUUUUUUUAUGGUCGUCUUGAGGGAAAAAUUAGGAAAAAUGGAUGAAAAAAGGGGAAAAAAAACGUGGAUAAACAGAUAGAAUAGAGGAAAAUAGCUACUUUUGUGUCUACUCUGAGGGGAAACAGCCAUUUUGUGUCGUGUUGAGCGGACAAUGAGGAAAAAGAAAGUAAAAAACGUGAAAAAAAAGGAAAAGAAAAUGAGGAAAACAUGGAGAAAAGGGGAAAAUGAGGACAAAUAAAUAGGCAGAUGAGGAAAACAGUUACAUUUGUGGUUACUGUGAGGGGAAACAGCCAUUUUUUUUGUCGUUGAGGGAAAAAUAAGGGAGGGGAAACAGAUAGAUGAAGAAAUGAAAGUGAAAAAAGCGGAAAAAACGUAUUGGACAGAAGAGGAAAAUCAUCUAAUUUUGUGUUUACAGUGUGAAGGAAAAAAAAAACAAAGAGGAAAAGAAGGAAAAGAUUGAUAAAAAAAAGGACAGAUAAAUAAGUGAAGAGGAAGAGGAAGCAAAAGUGAAUGAAAAAAAGCAGAAAUAUUCGUCAUUUUGAAGAAGAGGACGAAUAAAAAGGGGAAGAAGAUAUGAAUGAUAAAAGGGAAUAGAGAAAUGAAGAGACUACGUGUGUUUAUUAUUGAAUUUGUAAAGAAAACGAGAACUGACUGGGUGUUUGCAAGAAAGGAAAUUUUUCCGAGAGAUUUUGGUGAGAAAUGGCGAGAUAGCACGAGAAGUUAUGAGAUUUUGUGAGAAUUGGCGAGACUUUGCGAGAAUUGACGACAUAAUACGAGAAUUGGUGACAUUUUUUUUGCGAGAACUGACGACAUUCCACGAGAACCGGCGAGAUUUUGCGAGAAUUGGCGUACUUUGCCCAUAUUAGGAAUAGAAAUAGACAGAAAUAGAUAAAAUAUGGAGAAAUAAUUUUGUACAUGCUAAAAAAAAGAAAAUAGCUGCUUUGUCCAUAUCAGAGAGAGAGAGAGAGAGAGAGAGAGAGAGAGAGAGAGAGAGAGAAGAGAGAGAUGUAAUGAAGAUAGAAGAGGGAGAAGAUGAAGGGAUUGAGUAGAAGAGGAAGACGAGGAGGAGGAGGGGGAGGAGGAGGAGGAGCAGGAGGAGCAGGAGGAGAAAUAUGGUGAUUUAUUUUUACGAAAGGGAGGAGAAAGGAAGGAAGGAGAAUGAAAGAAGUAAAUAAAUGAAGAAGUACGAGGAAGCGAAAAAAAACACGAAAUGCGGACAAUGGAAGAGAGAGAGAGAGAGAGAGAGAGAGAGAGAGAGAGAGAGAGAGAGAGAGAGAGAGAGAGAGAGAGAGAGAGAGAGAGCAGACAGACAAUAAUAAAAAGGAAAGAGAAAUGGGAACAACAGAAUAUUGGCAAGCGUCAGAGAGAGAGAGAGAGAGAGAGAGAGAGAGAGAGAGAGAGAGAGAAUAAAGCUGGUGUUUCGAAAGCCUGAAUGGGAAAAGCCGAGAACCGACUCUCUCUCUCUCUCUCUCUCUCUCUCUCUCUCUCUCUCUCUCUCUCUCUCUCUCUCUCUCUCUCUCUCUCUCUCUCUCUCUCUGACUUUACGAUUAAAAAAAAAUAUCGAAGUUAAAAAAAAUCCUGAGAACUUAAUUUAUUUCUUAUUCGUCAUCAGAGAAUUUUUAAAAACAUAAAAGAAAUUAUCAAAAA